GUGAAGGAACCAGAUUUGGAUAAUCUGAUAAUCCAGAGGCAAGCACAAUGCUCCAGAGAAACUCUCAAACAGAUGGUAUCUACUGAGCAUUUCAGUCGACAAUACAGCUCAUAUUCGACAAUUUUCCUUGAUGACAGCACAGCCAGCCAGCCUUAUCUUACAGUGACAAUAAUAUCCGUGACCUUGGAGAUAUAUCAUGAUAUCACACAAAGUUCAUGCCGUGGAGGAAGUGGUGAAGGAGGUGGUGGGACAUGCCAAGGAGACUGGAGAGAAAGUCAUUGCAGAAGCCAUAAAGAAAGCCCAAGAGUCAGGGGACAAAAAGAUGAAGGAAGUCACUGAGACAGUGACCAACACAGUCAAAAAUGCCAUCACCCAUGCAGCAGAGAGUCUGGGCAAACUUGGACAGUGAAUGCACCAGCUACCAUGGCCCACCCUUCCCCAGUCUCAAUAAAAAGCCAUGAAAUGUG